AUGGCCACUGCUUCCCCAAGGUCUGACACUACUAAUAACCACAAUGGAAGGUUACAGUUACAGGUAACUGUUUCUAGUGCCAAACUAAAAAGAAAAAAGAACUGGUUUGGAACAGCAGUCUAUGCAGAAGUAGUUGUAGAUGGAGAAAUUAAGAAAACAGCAAAAUCUAGCAGCUCUUCUAAUCCGAAGUGGGACGAGCAGCUGGCCGUGAGUGUGAGCGCACAGAGCACACUGGAGUUCCGGGUGUGGAGCCAUCACACCCUGCGGACCGAUGCCCUGCUGGGAAGAGCAGCUGUGGACCUGAGGCAGGCUCUGCUGACGCACAACCGGAAGUUGGAAAGAGUGAAGGAACACCUGAAACUGUCCUUGGAGAACAAGAAUGGCGUGGUGCAAACUGGCGAGUUGACGGUGGUGCUGGACGGGUUGGUGAUUGAGCCAGAAAAUCUGACGAGAUGCAGCCCAGCCCCAACCAGAGAAAUACAGAAUGGUGACGCCCUACGGGAGAACGGAGCGCCCUCGGCCAGGACGAGCAGGUUGACUGCUGAAGGUGCAGGUGGAGCAGAUAGCCAAGCGCCCGCUCCCGCUGAGGUGCAGAACUGCUACUCCCGUGUGGCGAAUGGAGGCAACACACCUUCCUCUCCGGCUCCGGCUCCAUCUCCAGGUGCUGCCAGACCCCAAAACACACCAGCUCCCAGACCACGCACAGCUGAGCCCGUCGGUGACACUGCUCAUGGAGAGUCAUCCUCGCAGGCACCGGCCCCACCGGAGGACGCUGCGCCAGGGCAGGCGGGGGCUCCCGAGGACAGUGCCCGGGCCUCCCCUGGCCCUGGGCCCCCUGGGGAGGAGGCCCUGGGUCCAGAAGCGCAGGUGCCCUCCGAGCGCAGUGGCGGCGGCCUCCCAGAUGGGGAUGGCGCGGCCAUCGGGGCCGGGACCUGCAACCUGGACGCUGCAGCCUCUGCCACCGGAAGCAGCUCGGCCUCGGAAGCAGCCAAGCUGCGGCAGCCAGGUGGGAGUGUGGAGCCCGGGAGGAGCGCCAGCCCAGAGAGCCUGCCCUCCGGGUGGGAGCAGAGGAAAGACCCUCACGGGAGAACCUAUUACGUGGAUCAUAACACUCGAACGACCACGUGGGAGAGGCCACAGCCUCUACCCCCAGGCUGGGAGAGAAGAGUGGACGACCGGGGCCGGGUGUACUACGUGGACCACAACACCAGGACCACCACGUGGCAGCGGCCGACCCUGGAGUCCGUGCGGGACUUCGAGCAGUGGCAGUCCCAGCGCAGCCAGCUGCAGGGCGCUCUGCAGCAGUUCAACCAGCGCUACCUCUACUCGGCUUCGGUGCUGGCUGCAGAAAGCGACCCGUACGGGCCUUUGCCGCCAGGCUGGGAAAAGAGAGUAGACUCAACAGACAGAGUUUACUUCGUGAAUCAUAACACAAAAACGACGCAGUGGGAAGACCCAAGAACUCAAGGCUCACAGAGCGAAGAGCCCCUGCCCGAGGGCUGGGAGAUCAGGUACACGCGGGAAGGCGUGCGGUACUUCGUGGACCAUAACACCCGGACCACGACCUUCAAAGACCCACGCAACGGGAAGUCGUCCGUAACGAAAGGCGGCCCGCAGAUCGCCUACGAGCGCAGCUUUCGGUGGAAGCUGGCUCACUUCCGGUACCUGUGCCAGUCCAACGCGCUCCCCAGCCACGUGAAGAUCAACGUGUCCCGGCAGACGCUGUUCGAAGAUUCCUUCCAGCAGAUUAUGGCAUUAAAACCCUAUGACCUGAGGAGGCGACUCUAUGUAAUAUUCAGAGGAGAAGAAGGACUUGAUUAUGGUGGUUUAGCAAGGGAAUGGUUUUUCUUGCUCUCCCACGAAGUCCUGAACCCCAUGUACUGCUUGUUCGAGUACGCGGGCAAGAACAACUACUGCCUGCAGAUCAACCCCGCGUCCACCAUCAACCCGGACCACCUCUCCUACUUCUGCUUCAUCGGCCGCUUCAUCGCCAUGGCGCUUUUCCACGGGAAGUUCAUCGACACCGGCUUCUCCUUGCCCUUCUACAAGCGCAUGCUGAGCAAAAAGCUGACGAUUAAGGACCUGGAAUCCAUCGAUCCGGAGUUUUAUAACUCCCUCAUCUGGAUAAGAGACAACGACAUCGAAGAAUGUGGCUUAGAAAUGUACUUCUCCGUGGACAUGGAGAUCCUGGGGAAAGUGACCUCGCAUGACCUGAAGCUGGGCGGCGCCAGCAUCCUGGUGACGGAGGACAACAAGGACGAGUACAUUGGCCUCAUGACCGAGUGGCGCUUCUCGCGUGGCGUGCAGGAGCAGACGCAGGCCUUCCUGGACGGCUUCAACGAGGUGGUGCCCCUGCAGUGGCUGCAGUACUUCGACGAGAAGGAGCUGGAGGUGAUGCUGUGCGGCAUGCAGGAGGUGGACCUGUCCGACUGGCAGCGGAACACCGUGUACCGGCACUACACCCGGAACAGCAAGCAGAUCAUCUGGUUCUGGCAGUUUGUGAAGGAGACGGACAACGAGGUGAGGAUGCGUCUGCUGCAGUUUGUCACAGGGACCUGCCGCCUGCCCCUGGGUGGCUUCGCCGAGCUCAUGGGAAGUAAUGGGCCUCAAAAGUUUUGCAUCGAAAAAGUUGGGAAAGACACCUGGUUACCAAGAAGCCAUACGUGUUUCAAUCGCCUGGACCUGCCGCCAUAUAAGAGUUACGAGCAACUGAAGGAAAAGCUGCUUUUUGCCAUAGAAGAGACCGAGGGGUUUGGACAGGAAUAA